AUGUCGAGGAAACCGAAGCCCUCCGCUUCCGCAGUGGUCCAGAAACCGCUCAAAGAAGCUGAAGUCGGCGACGAGACAAACUGCGAUGACGACAAACCAUGCGACCUCUCCGACCAACAUGAAAACAAUGUUAAUAACAACGAGGGGACAAAGCCCGCCGCCGAGUGGAAGUUUCCCAGGAAGAAGGCACUGCUGCAGUUCCGGUGCAAGGUGGAAGACGCGAUCCGUGGGGACUACCUCCUGGGCCGGUCCUACCGGAGCCUCUCGAGGUCGUCAAGAGAGAACAGGAACAAUGUGUCCUUGCAGCAGCCGCCGUUGAGGGACAUUGCACUGUGGGGCGUCCCUCUAUUGCCCAGCAAGGGGCACGACGCCACAGACCACGUCCUGAAGAACUUCCUGAAGGCGCGGGACUACAAGGUCAGCGAGGCUUUCGAGAUGCUACAGGAGACGCUCCGGUGGCGGAGGCAGCACAGGGUGGACGAGAUUGCUGGCGAGCCCCACCCUGGCCCUGACGAGCCAGUCUCACAGAUGUUGUACGCGAGAAGCGUCGACAGGGACGGACGUCCGCUGUGUUUUCACGUGUAUGGGGUGCUGGAGGACAGGGAGGCGUGCAAGAGGGCGCUGGGGACGAAAGAGAAGGUCGAGGAGUUCAAGAGGAGGGUCGUGCAGUUCACGGAAAAAGUCCUCAGGAAGCUGAGUUUUGAGGACGGAGGGGUUGACUCGGUGGUCCAGAUCACGGACUUGAAGAACAUGCAGUCGCAGAGCGUGAAGGAGAUGCGGGGCGUGCUCCGAAGCACCUUCUGGAUGGUGCAGAAUCACUACCCUGAGCUUGUCCACAGACAUAUAAUACUGAAUGUCCCGCUGUGGUACUACACGUUCCAUCUGCUGCUCCUGCGACUUCUGCAUCAAUCCGACAAGAGCAAGUUCACCCUCGUGAGACCAGCUAAGGUCACCAAGACCCUUCUCAAAUUCAUAGACCCAGAAGACCUGCCCGUGGAAUAUGGUGGUCUCUUGAGAGAGAACGACGAGGAAUUCUCGACACUGGAGAAGGUCUCGGAGGUCUUCGUCAGAGGAAACACGGCCAAGAGCAUUCGAAUCCCGAUUGCUGAGCCCGGCGCGACGGUGGUGUGGGACUUGACAGUGGUGGGGUGGGACGUGUCGUACAAGGAGGAGUUCGUCCCGGAGGACGAGGGCUCGUACAAGGUGCUGCUCCAAAGGUCGAAGAAGCUGAGCGAGAGCGUGAGGAACUCCUACUACAUCAACGAGCCCGGGGAGCUCGUCAUCACCAUCCGCAACCCCACAUUCAAGAAGAAGAGGGUGCUGUACCGCACCAAGUUCAAGCCCACCGUCCCCAUGUACCUCUUCUUCAAGUGA